AUGGGCGGGGCGGCAGACUCCAGCCUCGGAGCCCGAGGGUGGGCGGCACUAGAGGGAGCCGCGGCCGCGCCCGCCCUGUCGCGCCUCGCUAGCUGCUCGGAGCGCCGCCUUCCCAGCCGCUCGGGGCCGCCGCGAUGGCGGAGGACAGCGAGUCUGCGGCCAGCCAGCAGAGCCUCGAGCUGGACGACCAGGACACGUGCGGAAUAGACGGAGACAAUGAGGAGGAGACGGAACACGCCAAAGGAAGCCCUGGAGGAGAUUUGGGAGCAAAAAAGAAAAAGAAGAAACAGAAGAGAAAAAAGGAGAAGCCAAAUUCUGGGGGUACCAAGUCCGACUCUGCAUCUGACUCCCAGGAGAUUAAAAUCCAGCAGUCUUCAAAAUUCAGAAGAUAUUCACAUUUUAAUUUUUCUGGGUGUCUGUCUAAUUACCUGCAUAGCACAACGCCAUCUGGCAGCAGAUUUCAGCCGGAGCAGCCAUGGGUGGUGAUACUAUGGAAGAAUCCCACCAUCCCUAUUCAGAAGCUACAGGACAUCCAGAGAGCAAUGGAACUGCUGUCUGCAUGCCAAGGCCCAGCCAGGAACAUUGAUGAGGCCACAAAGCGCAGAUACCAGUUCUGGGACACACAGCCAGUGCCCAAAUUGAAUGAAGUCAUAACAUCUCAUGGUGCAAUUGAACCAGACAAAGACAAUAUCCGCCAAGAACCGUAUUCUUUACCACAAGGUUUUAUGUGGGAUACUUUAGACUUGAGUAAUGCCGAAGUGCUGAAGGAGUUGUACACAUUGCUGAACGAGAAUUACGUGGAAGAUGAUGACAAUAUGUUCCGCUUUGACUAUUCGCCUGAGUUUCUCUUGUGGGCUCUGCGUCCCCCAGGCUGGCUUCUGCAAUGGCACUGUGGAGUCCGGGUGUCUUCAAAUAAAAAGUUAGUAGGUUUCAUAAGUGCCAUCCCAGCAAACAUCCGAAUUUAUGACAGUGUGAAGAGGAUGGUGGAAAUCAACUUUCUUUGUGUUCAUAAGAAACUAAGAUCAAAACGGGUAGCCCCAGUGUUAAUCCGAGAAAUAACUAGAAGAGUGAACCUAGAAGGAAUCUUUCAGGCUGUGUAUACUGCUGGAGUGGUUCUUCCUAAGCCUGUGGCCACAUGCAGGUACUGGCACCGAUCCCUGAACCCCAGGAAACUGGUAGAAGUGAAAUUUUCUCACUUGAGUAGAAACAUGACCUUACAGAGAACGAUGAAGCUUUACAGACUUCCGGAUGCUACAAAGACUUCAGGCUUGAGACCAAUGGAACCAAAAGAUAUCAAAGCAGUACGAGAACUCAUCAACAGCUACCUGAAGCAGUUUCAUCUGGCACCAGUGAUGGAUGAUGAGGAAGUGGCCCAUUGGUUCCUCCCCAGGGAGCACAUCAUUGACACAUUUGUAGUGGAGAACCCCAGUGGGAAGCUGACUGACUUCUUGAGCUUCUACACGCUCCCCUCCACGGUUAUGCACCAUCCUGCUCACAAGAGCCUCAAAGCUGCCUAUUCCUUCUACAACAUUCAUACAGAGACACCCCUGUUGGACCUUAUGAACGAUGCGCUCAUUAUAGCCAAGUUGAAAGGAUUUGAUGUAUUCAAUGCACUAGAUCUGAUGGAAAAUAAGACCUUCUUGGAAAAACUCAAAUUUGGUAUAGGAGAUGGCAACUUACAGUAUUAUUUGUACAACUGGAGGUGUCCAGGGACAGACUCUGAAAAGGUUGGACUUGUUCUACAGUAGAUGGAUAUGUUAUUUCUAGAAGGCUGACGUUGUCAUUUGUUAAUAUUCUAUUUAGUGAUUCCUGGAACUGUCAUUCCAAAGAAGAAUAAAAGCACAAGUUGAGUGAAAUUGAAGUAGUCGCUAACAAUCAAAACAGAUGGUCAGUAGGACCCGUUUCUAGUCAGGAUAUUGAGAGCCAGUCUCUGCGGUUGACUGACAUGUGGGAGGGAUGACGGUGUCCACAGAGCUCUCACAAUAGAGGAUGUUGUCUUUUACUCUAGAAGUGGGACUGUGUUUCUGUAAACCAAACAGAAGUGGCAGUGUCAUGUUACAACCUUUGCUGCUUUUGUUUAUUAAGUGGUGAUAUACUUGUAAAACAGAACAAGGAUCCAUGGGUAUCACCUUACAUGAUGUUACUGGGAAUGUUUAUAGAAUUGACGUGUGGCAGAUAUUUAACGUAUGGAGCAAUAUGAAAAUGUACCAGUGACUCAGCACAUUUAUUCUACAAGCAUAGUAGCCAGAUCAGCAAACACACAGGUCUAUCCCUAAGCAUAGUAGCCAGAUCAGCAAACACACAGGUCUAUCCCUAAGCAUAGUAGCCAGAUCAGUAAAUAUACAGGUCUGUCCUUUGCUCUUCAGCAGGCCAGUGGAUUGUUUCAAAAGCAAAGUUUGGGGCAGAUGUUCAGUGCGCUCAGUGGAGAGUGCCCCGCUGACUGCGCAGACCGUGUGGCUGCUGUGCAAUCUCCUUUCUCAGCAAUGUCAAGGGUGUGAGGGAAAGAAAGUGAAAAGGCUCUAAGGUCAGAGGACUGUAUUAGUGCUGUCAGCACACAGAUGGUCUGAAUGUUUUUAUUAUGCAAAAUUGCACAUGUUCCUUUAUGCUGACUUUAAUUUAUCAUAAAAAUUGUCAUGCUAAUGGAAAAUGUCUUACUUGUAAAUAAGUAUUCAUAAUUUUGUUACUGACGUUGUUUUUACCUAGAAUUUGAAAAACAAGUUUCACAGUGUACAUAUAUGUGUAUAUGCUGCCACUGAUCCAAGGGAAUAUAAAAUAUUAAACAAGGCCAUUGUAUAGACUGGGCCUGAGUCAGAUGCCACAACGUAGAUACUUGUUCCUGCCUUUACUACAGUGCCUCCAACUCCAGUCCAGAACGCUACUGCAGACAAUAUGGCAUUUCCUUCCCUACUGGAAGCACUCGCCAAAUGUGAACUGUAGGCCGAGUCUCACCUGUUGGCUAUACUACACAGCUCACAAGCUGAAAAUGCUUUUUUUUUUUUUAAUGGUUGGGGGAAAUAGUCAAAAAAAUAAAAAAAUGACAUUUUGUGGCAUGCAAAUCUUAUGAAAUUCAAACAUUUUUUCAGAAUACAGUCAUCUCUUCAUUUAUGUCCUACUUGUAGCUGCUUCAUGCUACAAAGGGAAAUGAUGUAGCUGUGACAGACUGGACUGUAUUGCCUGCAAAGUUAAAAUGUUUGCUGUCCGGCCUCUUGUGGACUGGUGUCCUAAGCAGGCCACAAAUUGUGCCAUCCCUGAUGGCACCACUAGAAGGGGACACCUGGGCCCCAGAAGUGGGACUAGUACUGCUCCCAGAUUUCUCCUUUCAUAAGGUCCAUGCCCAACGGUGUCACAUUUUUAACAGACCGCCUUCAGGAUAUAAAACUACCUAUUCAUUGGAACAGUUUUAAAGUUAGGCAUUAGGUAAGCGUGUUUAGUGAAUCUGGAUUCACAACUCUUUGGGAAUUGUUACAUUCUUUUUUUUUUUUGUCUUAUAUAAAUUGAGUUUUCAGGUAAGAAUUAGCAUUCAGAAAUUUGCCACGGGCUUAUUUACCUCAAUAGGACACUGUUAAAACAUUCCUUUAGAGAUCUGUCUACUGUACACUACAGUUAUAAAACUAUCAUUUUAAAUACACCGACAGUUAGGACUAGUGUCUUCAAAAUUUAAGGACAUGACCAGUCGGUAUUUUAGAGAAUCAGUAACCAGUGCAUCUGCUUGGAUAUAAAAUAGCUGUUAAAACCAAGUGUAAAAGCCAGUCUCCAGAGUUAAAUCUGUACUAUAUAUUCAAAUUGUGCUGUAAGGUUUCUUUCCUUCAAAAAAAGGAAAUUUGUCACCAUAUAGAACAAAGGUGGCCUUUAAGUUCAACCAAAACAUGGGGUGAAGUUUUAAUAAUCCCGUUUACCUUCUAAAUCACAGAAUGAUUUUCUAGACACAUAGUAGAUUCAUAAAGCACUGGUAACUCCAUUUCCUAGCCUGAAAGACCCCCUCAUUGUAUCUCCCCUCUUGCUACAUUUCACCUAAGUUACUACUGUAGUUAAUUUUUGUUUUGGUGCUGGGGAUCAAGCCAGAGAUUGUAUGUGCUAGUAAGCACUUAUUUUGCCACAGAGCUGUACCCCCAAUGUACUUUUGAUAGAUGAUGUGCAGGGAGGGAAUUCUUACUGAUACAACCUUAUUAAGCCUUUCUCCCAAGCCUGCAUCAGUGCUUACCUACAAAGAAAGCCAAAUUACCACAGAGUAAAAACGAUAUGCCGCUUCUGAAGACAAUGUCUGCUUAGCAUUUAGUGAGUCUCCCUCGCAGCUGAGGACCGUCUCCAGUUGUUUCACUGACCUUACUAGACCAUGUCUGUGGCCCAUCUUCCAAGUUUGGUAGAGAAAUGUUAAGUGCUGUAGGAAACUGAUAUUCUUGCAAGCAAGCAUUGUACCAGCCUUUAAAGCAGUGAAUUUAUAUACGCAUGGACAUUAGUCUCAAUAAACUUUGGUUUUGUUAA